AUGGAUUUCGUUUUCUAUUAUUACACCCCGUCUACGGCGGCGGCAGUCAUCUUCACUGUUUUGUUCGGGUUGAGCAGUCUUCUGCAUUUCUAUCAGCUUGUGCGAACAAGGACAUGGUUUAUGAUUCCCUUCUUGAUCGGCGCACUCUUGGAAACUGUCGGUUAUAUCGGACGCUUGCUUUCAUCAUUUGAGGCACCAGACUUCACCAAAGGCCCAUACAUCAUGCAAAGCGCAUUGAUCCUAAUCGCGCCCGCUUUCCUGGCUGCGAGUAUCUACAUGACCCUAGGACGCAUUAUCUACAUGCUUGAAGCAGAGAAACUCUCCAUUAUCAGGAUAGGAUGGCUCACCAAGAUCUUCGUCACCGGCGACGUGCUUUCUUUCUUGAUGCAGGCCUCAGGUGCUGGGCUUAUGGCCUCAAGUUCGGAUCCAUCCACUGGAGAACAUAUUAUCAUCGGCGGUCUCUUCGUGCAAAUCAUCUUCUUUGGCCUCUUCACGAUCAGUGCUGUUGUCUUCCACACUCGCAUCAUCAAGACCCCCACCUCCCGCUCGAUCGAGUUGAAGGGCCCCUGGACCCGCCAUAUGACCGCCCUUUACGUCGCCAGUGUUUUGAUUCUGGUUCGCUCUGUCGUUCGUGUCGCGGAAUAUCUGGAAGGCUAUAGUGGUUAUCUGAUGAAGCACGAGGUCUUCAUCUAUGUAUUCGACGCCCUUCUUAUCUUCAUCACUGUGCUUGUUCUCCAGUAUGAGCACCCCAGCGAGAUUAACUGCUUGAUUGGCCGCGGCCACAAGUACUCGGAGAAGGCUAUUUGGACCCGCGAGUUUGUUCCAGACUCAUCGCUCUCCGCACUCGAGAUGGGUCGGUCAGGGGAAUCUCAAUUUGAGCAAUUGCAUGAAAGUAUGGGACGUGGGGAGGUUAAGAGAUGA